AUGACGGAUUCAACCCUUUGGGUAGCACAUCAACAGGCUAGAAGACGGUCCCUGGGCCCAUCCAAUGGCCAUUCACAAUUGCUCGCCAGUGUGAUAUUUAACCUGGACAAGUUGCCCAACUUUGCUCAGGUCGAGCAAAUCCUUUUCUCCGCCUUUGGACCAAUGGAGGCUCUAUCCACUUGCUAUACCAAUAGCAAGGACCUCCUUGCUGAGGUACUUUUCUCGAAUCCCAAGACUUGUGAACUUGUCAUCACUACUGGCUUUUCACACAACAACAAAUGCAUAGGCCCACUUUUCAAGGCACUUCAGUCUCAUGAUAAGGUUGCUCACCUCAAGAUCUACUGUACGCCCUUUGGCACCUUCCGUGGUGAAGCCACAGUUCUUCUCAAUGUCUCUGCCGUGGACAACCUCACACCUCUCACCAGGAAACUACAACUCUCUGGAUCCCUCAUGGGUGAAAUUGUGCUUCGGGCCAAGGACAUCCCACCCAUUUGUUGUUACUGCCAAAAGGAAGGAUACAAUCUGAGUGCCUACACUUGUCACCGCCCCUGGGUCGUUUGCUGCUCUGAUUGUGAGGAGACUGGACACUCAUCAAAUAAUCCUUCUUGUGCUGCGGUUCAGGCAAAAGUGAACCAGGCUGAUUCCACUAUAACCUCUUCUCCCAAGAUUAUUGAGGUAAUCGUCUCUACACCCCUUAGGAACCAUCCUACUCCUACUCCUCCAACCACCUUCAAGACCGAGGGAGCAGAAUUGGAUGCUUACCUUGCAGAGUCCACUGCACAAGCCAUCGUCAAAGAUACCAAGAUGGGUGACAACACUCCUUCUCCCCACGUCAUACCAGACGCCUCUGCGCCAAUUGUUGUGGCCCAGGGUAACUAUCAGGGCAUCAAAGAUGAGUUUUCCGGGGGCACCAACGUCAAGAAUGUGCUGAUUGGCCUUGCCAUGAUUAAAGGGCUCCAUUCACUUGUACAUAAUCCUUCCUCACCAAAACAUCUUCUCAUCCGACAUCUUCGAUCCCUUCAUCCUCCACUCUCACUUCUGGCACUGCAAGAAACUCAUAUCUCACCUGAACAUCAGUCCCAAAUACAGCUCAUGUUUCAAGGACACAACAGCCUCUGGACUCCGCAUUGUGGCCUAGUGUCCCUCACUCCCACACUCAUAUUGUCGCAAAUACAUGUCACUGACGAUGAUCAUGUCCUAGUGAUUAAAGAGAUUUCAAUGCAAAUAUUCACCACCGCAAUAGAGUAUCAAUUGAAUGACUUGACUUCCUUGACACCUACUGUAACCGUCUCGUCCCUUUCCCCAGAUAUUACCUUUGUGAAUCCUAGCUGGACUGAUCACAGCCUAUUGGCUGUCAUCAUACCAUUCUCUCGUCCCUCUGGUCCCAGAAUUUGGCACUUUAACUCCAAUUACUUGCUCCAUGAUGAGUUUGAGGCUCAACUUGUGGACUUACUUGCCGACGCCCCUACCAUGCUGCCCUCCCACUGCUCUCCAGGGCAUUGUUGA